ACAGAAACAAAUGAAAAUAUGUCAAAGAAGGGCAAGAUGCCAUGGAUGGAGUACAACGGCGAGGAGGUGGCAGACUCACACAUUUGUAUCACUUACCUCAACCAGAAACUGGGCAUUGACCUCAACAAAAACCUUGACCCGGUUCAGAGGGCCACUGCGAGGGCCAUACAGAGCCUGUGUGAAGAUCACUUGUACUGGGCUCUUGUGUGCUUACGAUGGUUGUGGGAUCCAGAAAGGAAACUGGUCAAGAUGUUCGUCAAGUCCCCUAUUGUGCUGUGGCUCGUGGUCAGGAAUCUUGGAAAUCAGGCUUGGGGGCAGGGAAUGAGUCGACACAGCCGACCGGAGGUGAAAAGUUUCGUCCUGGAAGAUCUGCAGGCGCUAACGGAUUUUCUGGGAGACAAGAAGUUCAUGAUGGGUGAUGAGAUCACUGAGGUCGACUGUUGCGUGUUUGGCUUUCUCUGCCAGCUCAUCUACCACCAGAAAGACGAAUUUUUCGAUGGACUCGUUGAAGCUCGCUUCCCAUCUCUUGUUCAAUACAAAGACAGGGUGAAAACUUUAGUGUGGCCAGAUUGGGAUGACAUAAGUGCUGGCAAAGAGACACCCCUGAGCGGAACCUUGCUGGAAGGUCGACAAUAAUGCGAACUGUGUCAAGGUCAUCUUGUACAGAGACAGUGUUAAAUGGUUCAAUAUUCUACUACUAGUUACUCUGAAAUUUGCUGGAGAAGUUUGGCGACCAAGCAUCAGCAACAAUAAAAAAUGUUAAUCGGUACCUUGCGCCUUCGCCUGUGACUAUUAAUGUCAAGUGAUGUCAUUGCAUAUCACGGCGCUUUUUUCUGCUUAUUGAACUCAUAAGGUCAACAUUUAAUCUUUUUCUGCAUUCUUUGAGUUCUCCUUAUAACUGGCUGUUGCUAUACGUGGAUGCCAUUGAACCAGAAAGACAAACACACAUUUGAUCUUGGACGGUCGGAUUGGGUUCUGCUAAAAUUGGAGCAAAAUCGAUCAGACGAACAGUUGCUGCCAUUCUGCAAAAACUAUCGCUUCAGACAGACUACCGUUAAGUGUAUAUGUGAGGCAUCGUGGGGAAACCAGGCACUCGUCAAAAUAAUGAAAUCAAAGAAACAGGCAUUUUUCUAAAA